AUGUUCCUGAGCAAAAAUAGUUGCAGGAACGAGAGCAUCACGUCGUUCAAUAGGAUGGCUGGCGUUAAAGUGUUAUCGUUCCUCCAAAACCUGUCUCGUAGAAAACCGUUGGACCCUGAAGGAGAGGUGUCCAAUUUUAAGCGCUGUUUGACCACUCUGGACCUGGUGGCCCUCGGGGUGGGUAGCACUUUGGGGGCUGGGGUGUACGUCCUGUCCGGAGAGGUGGCUCGUACUGUGGCUGGUCCAAGCAUCAUCAUCUCUUUCCUCAUCGCAGCCAUAGCGUCUGUAUUUGCCGGACUUUGCUAUGCUGAAUUUGGGGCACGAGUUCCCAAGACCGGGUCUGCAUAUCUCUACAGCUACGUGACAGUGGGCGAAAUAUGGGCUUUCAUAACAGGCUGGAAUCUCCUCUUGUCUUAUGUCAUCGGGACAUCCAGCGUGGCCAGAGCUUGGAGUGGGACGUUUGAUGACCUAAUUGGAAAAGUAAUUGCUAAUACUCUGGGGAAACAAGCUCCAAUGAACUUACCAGGAUUAGCGCCUUACCCAGACUUCUUUGCAGCAGCCCUCAUUAUGAUUCUGGCUGGGAUCCUUGCAUUUGGUGUCAAGGAGUCUGCCAUUGUGAAUAAGAUUUUUACAGCUGUGAAUGUCCUGGUGCUGUUGUUUGUCAUUUUUUCUUCGUUCAUAAAAGGCAAUAUUAAUAACUGGUACAUUGAGGAAGAGGUCCUGAAUGAAUACAGAACAAACAUAUCUUUUAAUGUAACUAUCAACUACGGUUCUGGAGGCUUUUUUCCUUUUGGAUUAGAAGGGACUUUAGCAGGAGCAGCCACUUGUUUUUAUGCAUUUGUGGGGUUUGACUGCAUUGCAACAACAGGGGAAGAGGUGCAGAAUCCUCAGAAGUCCAUUCCAUUAGGCAUUGUGGCCUCUUUACUUAUUUGCUUCUUGGCAUAUUUUGGAGUCUCUGCUGCCCUUACGCUGAUGAUGCCAUACUUCUUACUGAGCGUUGACAGCCCUCUGCCUGUUGCCUUCACGUUCAUCGGCUGGGGUCCUGCUAAAUAUGCUGUGGCAGUGGGGUCUCUCUGUGCCCUCUCAACAAGCCUAUUGGGGUCUAUGUUUCCAAUGCCUCGAGUGCUUUUUGCAAUGGCCAGGGAUGGACUUCUUUUCAAGCCUUUGAGUAAAAUGAGUGACAGACAAAGCCCAGUUAUUGCAACAUUGGCUUCAGGGAUUGUGGCAGCUAUCAUGGCAUUGCUGUUCGACCUAAAGGCUUUGGUUGAUAUGAUGUCAAUUGGGACUCUCUUUGCUUACACCCUUGUGGCAGUUUGCAUCCUCAAACUCAGAUACCAACCAGAUAAUAGUGAUGAUUCAGCUCCAAGCAAACCCGAGCCAUUGACAGUACAUGGGCUGCUAUGUCCUCCUAUGCAACCCACUGAAAGGUCUUCUAAAAAUGUGUCAGUGUGUGCUGUUUUUAUCAUUUGUUUAGUGAUCAGUCUAAGCCUCUUUGUAUCUGGUGGUAUUGAGGCCCUGCAAGCACGCCAGUGGUGGAUUCUACUAUGUGUCUCUGUAAAUCUUUUGAUGCUUUUUGGUAUCAUCCUCAUCAUUUGGAGGCAGCCCCAGAGCCAGACCAAGGCUGCAUUUAUGGUUCCAUUUGUCCCUUUUUUACCUAUAUUGAGUACCUUGGUAAAUGUCUACCUAAUGGUCCAGCUUGGGGCGGACACAUGGAUCCGAUAUGCAGUGUGGAUGACCAUAGGUUUAAUCAUCUAUUUCAGCUAUGGUGUUCAGCACAGUGUCCAGAAACAACGACUUGAAAGAUCACCAGACUUGCUAAAGAUGAUGCUGUCUCCGGGUUUUCGCUCUGAUGAAGACGAUGAGAUGGCUGUUUUUGAGUCCACUGCUGCAGAGUAUGGGGGCCCAGGCAGACCUCGUCUACCAGAACUUUCUGUGAUUUCUCCAGGGCUCGACAGUCGGCCUUCCACCAUUGGCCCUUUACAGACCAUGAAGCAGUCAUUCGUGAAACCAGGCAUUCACGAGCAAGGGAAUCCUGAGAAAGUGAAGGUCUUUCUGCGCAUCAGACCUCUAACUGAAAUGGAGAAAGACCGUGGGGAAGAACAAGGCUGUGUCCUUGUUCAGGAUGAAAAGUCUCUUCUCCUCAAAGCUCCAAGAGAUUCCCAGACCAUGAGAAACGCAGAACGAGGCAUUACUCAGAGCAUGCACAAGUUCAGCUUUUCAAAGAUUUUUAGACAAGAAACCACUCAGCAGCAAUUUUAUGAGCAGACUCUAAAAACAAUGGUGAAGGAUGUGCUUCAAGGGGAGAACCGACUGUUGUUUACAUAUGGAGUUUCCAACUCUGGGAAAACCUACACUAUUCAGGGAAGUGGUAGAGAAGCCGGUCUUUUGCCACGAGCUUUGGCCUCCAUGUUUAUGAAGUUGCAGGGCCAACUGUACAGCGGCUUGGAUCUGAAGCCUGUCAUGUACCAAGAUAUAAAACGACUAGACCAAUCUGAGGUGAAAGUGGAGGAAAGUCGUAGAGACUCGCUGCUUAAGGAUGAUAGUCCAAUGUCCCGACGCGUUGGGACCACCACUGUUUGGGAUAGUGGAAUUGGAGGACUCUCAUCCUUAAGUAACAUGGUCACUCAGCUGGAAGAUGCUGACAGUGUGUGUCUGGAGCCAGACAGCCUGUCCAACAGUGGGGAGGAUGACCUCGAGGAUGGGGUGCAGUUUUCCGUCUGGGUGUCCUAUUAUGAGAUCUACAAUGAGUUCCUGUAUGACUUACUGGAUUCUUCACCCUCAAUGCAGCCCAAAAAGAGGGUUACACUCAGACUAGGUGAUGACAAGCAGGGCAAUCCAUACGUGAAAGACUUGACAUGGGUUCAAGUUCGUAGUGCUGAGGAGGCAUGGCAGGUUGUCAGAGUUGGUCGUCGUAACCAAAGUUUUGCUAGUACUCAUCUCAAUCAUAAUUCAAGCCGCAGUCACAGCAUCGUUUCCAUCCGCAUCCUGCACGUUCACCCAGAGAUGGUUUCAGCCCAAGCUAUGCGUAUCAGCGAAUUGACCAUAUGUGACUUGGCUGGGUCUGAACGAUGCAAAGAGCAGCGCAAUGGAGAAAGGAUGAAAGAGGCCAACAACAUCAACACGUCGCUGCUGACAUUGGGGCGAUGCAUUUCUGCGUUGCGACACAACCAGAACAAUAAGUCCCGCCCCCCACAGGUUGUGCCUUUUCGUGACAGUAAACUGACUCGUGUGCUGCAAGGAUUCUUUUGUGGUAAAGGAAUUUCCAGCAUGGUGGUCAACAUCAACCCCUGUGCCUCAAUCUACGACGAAACCCUACAAGCUCUAAAGUUCUCGGCAAUAGCGACUCAACUGGUGCAUGGCCCAUCAACCAAGAACAGAGUGGCCUAUAUCCUGUCUCUGUUGCGUGAUCCUGCGGCAGGCAAAAACGACAGUACUGUAAUCGAAGAAGAUGAAGAGGACAGUGAUGUGGAAGAUGGGGACAUCACUAUGUUAAAUACAGAAGCCCUGCUGCAGGCAAUUGACGUUCUGAAAAAAGAGGUGCAACGACAGUGGACAGAGAAAGAAGUCCUGGAGGCAAAUGUGCGAGAAGAAGUGGUCUCUGAAAUGAUGGAGGUCAUCAAUGGGAUGCAGGAAGGUUUCAGUGAGAGUCUGGAGACUGAACGAGCUCUACUGGAAGAGAGAUACGAGGAGAAGAUUGACAAUCUACAGAAACAUUUGAAACGUUUCUACAGCCAGGAGCUGAAGGAACGAGACCAAGAGAUAGAAGCUUUAUCUGCUGCGUUAGAAAAACAAAAGCCUCAGUCGACAAAUAUAACAAACUUAUUUUCUGAGGAGCCACGUAGAUCGCAGAGACUCACAGUUAGCUCAGAGGUGAGCCGGUUACGCUGCGAGCUGGACCAGUGCCGAGCUGAGCUGCUGACCAAGACACAAGAGCUGAUCAAACUGAAGGCCCAAAUGGAAAUCCCUGGAUCUGCAGGUGCACUGACAAAUGCUGCUGAUCGAAAACUGGAGGAGGGUCAACGAAACCUACGGCAGCUGCGUCAGGACUUGCAUCGACUUGGGCUGGACCUGCAGUCUGGGGAAAGGGCGUGUUGUCGUAACACUGGAGGAGAGCGUCUGCGGCAAGCCUUAACCACUGCUGACGAGACACUGGCCAAACAGGACCAGAUCCUGGUGGACUUGCAGAAGAAUUUAUUGCUGGUCAAAGCAGACUUGAGGCGUAAAGCUGAGAAUUUGGCUCAGCCCACCAGGCCUCUGCUGCCCCCUGCAGGAUGCUCCUCUACCACCCCAGGCUCCUGCAAGAAACGAGGCUGUGCUGCAGGGGAUGCCGAAAACAGACCUCCAGAAAAACGACAGUUUUUCCAGAAUUUAUUCCCAACACGCACUCCAAACAGGAAGUACAAUACACGUGCAGCAGGAGAUGACAACCUCACUCCAUAUUCACAAAUCCUGCGCUCGCGGCAGCAGUCUCCACCCCCCAGCCCUGCUCCAAUGCCUCGCAGCAUCAGGGGAAAAUACUAA